AUGUUGCACUUUGUGUUUCGACUUUUUCUUCUCCUUGCUGUUCUCGCUGCCGUGGAGGCUUGUGAUUGUAGCAACCUGAAACCAGGCAAAUGUUGCACCAACUGGCGUGGACAGUCGUGCUGCCAUUUCCGGAAGAAGAGAGCCGUGGAGAAUGCGUACGGCACACGCUUCAAAAAGCUACGUUACACCCCAGAAACAGAUCUGAACGACAAUUGA